AUGUGCGAUACAAAUUGGUGUACCUUUUGCGAUUGUGCAGUGAGUCCAAACUUGGACUCUAUCUAUUGCUCAGAAGAGUGUUUCCGAAAAGAUGCUCAUGAUGAACAGACGAGUAUGAUGUCACCAUUAUCAUCUCAGCAAGAUACCACUAGUAUAUGCAGUGAUGAUCUUGCUGCGAUGCAUGUAGAUAUGCUUCCUUCUUCUCCUACCGAGCCUAUGUUAUCGUUCACAAACAGCCAUAGUGCUGAUCAUUCGCUUGUAUCCACACCUCAGCAUAGUUCAAUUAAUGAGAAACUGAGUCCUUUUCAACUGUAA